UCUUAUCCUCGGCUUGGUCGCUGACCUGGUUGCUGCCGCUCCGACGGUGGUGCUGCUUAGUGCGUUGGACUAGACGUGCUCGUGAGCAUGUGAUUCUUCUAAUGUAACAUUUCUACGUACGUACGGACGUCGUCGCCGUCGCCGCCGUCGUCGUCGUCGUCGUCGUCGUCGUCGUAUCGUGGUGGCACGGUUGAAAGAUAGAAAUGUCGGACGAGGAGGACACAGCGAUACUGCUGAACAAUGCAAACAAGACGUUCGAGAAUGCGUCUACGAAGAAGAUCGUCGGUCCGGAGGACUGCCAAUACAUACCAGCGAAAAAUUUGAGGAAACCGGUCCCCAAGCAAAACGAUAAUUUGACACCGUUGACGACGGGAAAUAAAAGUAUCUUCGUUUCUACUGUAGCGAUUCUAGCAGGUAUCGCUUUCGGAUGCGAUAUGAGCAUCGCGAAACCCAUAGCUCCGCUGAUCAAACACGAGUUCAACUUGAAUUGUUUCGAGAGAGACUUCGUCAUAAGCAUCUGGUUCGUCGGAGCUCUUCUCGGUGGUUUGAGCGGUGGGUUUCUGAUCGACUCGUUCGGCAGACGUUGGACGAUGAUAUCGACGCUGAUAUUCUUGACGUUCGGUGCCAUGCUGUCGGCUCUGGCGAAUCAUUACAUUCUGCUGCUGGUCGCUCGAAUAAUUUGCGGAUACUCUGGAUCGGUUUCCGCGGUGGCGCACUGCAUAUACAUGGCCGAAGUAUCUGAAUCGAGCAAACGAGGAUACAACGUGACGUUGUAUCAAUUGGGCACUGCGACCGGAUUUUUGGUAUCGGUGAUCGCUGCCGCCGUGAAGAGCAUAGACUAUCAGUGGCGAUUUUCGAUCGGUAUAACGGCCGUGCCCGCCUUGGCCGCUUGUAUCGUCACUAUCAUCUUCCUCCAACGGUCACCGCCGUUUUUACUCUACAAACGAAUGGCGAACGUCUCGAAGGCGUCGUCGAAAAAGGCCUGGUACACGGUAUUCGAGACUCUAACGAUCAUGGCUUUUUUGCUGAUACUGCAACAAGGCACCGGUAAACGCCAAGUUUUGCAUUACGCUCCACGAUUGUUCGCAUUACUCGGCAUUUGUUCCAACGUCGCCGAAGUGACGGCUUUGAUAUCGCUCGGCAUCGUAAAGGUGUUCAGCACGAUGCUGUCUCUAGUGAUAGUGGAGAGAUGUGGACGUCGAACGGCACUGAUCACGUCCGCGACCAUCUGCAUGACUACGAUCUCGCUGCUCUCUCUGCUCGCUACCAUAGACAGAGGCGAGGACAAUUUGGAAGUCGUAAAUAAUUAUUGCAAAAAUCAGCUGAACGAAGUCGUGAAAGUUCGCGGUGGCGGGGCCGGUGGCGGCGGCGGCGGCGGCUUACCUACUGGGUCGCCGCCGCCGUUUCCCUUGCUGCCGACACCUCUGGCCGUGAUCGCGCCUAGCCCAGAGACGUGGACGCAGGUGAAAGCAUCUUGCGAGACGCAGAACAUUGCCGUGUCCGAAGGUCUUACGGGUGGUCUGCGUAUCUUGGCGGUGAUAACGUUGCUCGUGUACGAGGCGGCGUACGCUCUGGGUUUAGGACCGGUGCCACUACUGAAUCUCACGGAAGUCUUCCCCGCGGCGGUACGAGGAAAAUGUUUCAGCUUUGCUACGAUCGUCAUAUGGAUCACGCAUAUCGCCGCGACGGAAUCCGUCAGUGCCAUGGCCAAGUCGCUCACGUUGGCCGGAUCGUACUUGUUUUACAGUUUCAUGUGUCUGGUAACGAUAUUUUACGUUUUCUUGUUUAUUCCCGAGACGAGAGGUAAGUCUCUGCAUCAGGUUGCUCAGGAGUUACGGAAAAACACCCUCGGCAGCCGCGUAUGCAACAAUUUGCGUAGUCUACCGCUCAUAUGUCACGUCCAAUGGAUAAAGAGGUGCAACGGGAAUACGAAUAACGGAGAGAGUACUCUGAUUUAAACUCCUUCUCCCGUCCGAUCCGUAGAGACCGUCCGUCGUCUCGAGUUUAGUUUCGCAUUCCCGUCGCGACUUCAAAUUUUAAUCUGUCGUUCGUAUCGCGCGACUGAUAUUCGAUCGUUUCAACGAACGUGUAGCUAUGUACACGCGCGCAGCCAGAGAGAUCGAACAAUAUUUGUCAUCGCGUGCAGCGAGCGCGUCGUAUAAGUAUCGUGGUACGCUCAUACUACGACGCCCGUACUUUACCAAAUUUUCUCAACUGCCAUUUUUUUACCCGACUUUUUUUUAACGACGCCGACGUCGUUUUCGAUGGGAAAGACUGACUAGUUUCUUAAUUUCAUCGCCCAACUCUCUUUUGAACUUGCUCGACCGUUUUCUCGUUCGUUCGGUCCGUGCGUGAUGUAAGAUUACUUUGCUAAAUGUGUACCGCGAGCACAGGUGAGAGGACAGGCGACACGACGGAGGAGUACAAACAGCUCUGCGAACAGAUGUGUAAUUUCAAUUUUGAACACCGCCGACGUACCUUAGGGAAUAGUGUACGUUUUAUAACGUACAAAAUUGUGGUCCGUUAACUCACGUUGACGCGUACCACGCGUUAGAUACAAGUUUAUAUAAAACGAUACAUACAACACGUUUCAGGAUAGAUUUACGAGUUUUUAAUAAGCUUCUUCCUUUCCGAAAGAAUCUUCUUAUCGCGACGUAACAUUGGUGUGUAUGAAAAUAAUUUUCGUACGUAUAAUUAUCGCAGAUUUACAGUAUCGUAAGAUGUAAUUUUUACUUGGCACUUGGCAACGAUCAGAUAGACAGUUGGUCCACGUACUUAAUAAAAUGGAUAGAAGACACGA